GCAAAUAGGUGUUGGUUACGUGCUCGCUCUCGACAUCGCGCGCGGUGACGUGUGCGAUCCGCCGCCUGUUGGUCUUUCACAGUUGACGAGUGUUAUGAAAAUGGCCUCGACCCUGCCCGUCAGCGCGGCUCUCCGGAGAAGAUGACGACGCUGAGCUCCCCACGUCGGCCAAACUCCACAGUGUCUGCUGUGAACACGUAGCUAUCGGCGGAGGAAACGGGAAGAAAGGGACCGUCGGCCAAGGAGCCGCCAAGAAAACACUCGGCACCGCGGCGUCUUUUUUCCGCCAGGCUGAGGAGCCACCAUGGAGGAUAUCAACUCCAACAUCAACGCGGACCUGGAGGUGCGGAAGCUCCAGGACUUGGUGAAGAAGCUGGAGCAGCAGAACGAGCAGCUGCGCAGCAGGUCCACCAUGCUGUCUUCGUCCGGAGCCGUGCCGGCCAACCACAGACCCCUGAGCGCCGGCUACGACUCGCCCUCCCUGUCGGUGGGGGUGGCGGCCGGUCUGGCCGGCUUCCCCGGGGUGGGGUUCGGCGGGCCGCUGGAGAACAGCCGCUGGUCCAGAUCCAGGCUGUCCUGCGACGGCAUCAGCUUCAGGAGGGCGUACGACGGCGAGGGGGCUUCCGCGGCCAUCUCCGUGUCCAGCAUGAACUCCCUGUACCCGGACAACGCGGCGGGGCUGGCGGCGGACGGGGAGACCUCCAUUCUGGACGAGGUGGACAUCUUGGACCUUGAAGACAUGGACUGUCUGAACGAAGAGGAGGACAGCUGGUUGUAUGAAUCGAGGCUGAACAGCCCGCUGCACAAAACCCUCAGCCCCAUGGUGUGGUGCCGCCAGACGCUGGACAACCCCAGCCCUGAGAUGGAGUCGGCCAAGCGCUCGCUCAUCCACAGGCUGGACGUCACCCUGUCAGCCAACAAGCGGCGGAGCCUGUAUGGGAGCCCCUAUCUGCAGCAGAGCUACGGCAGCCCGUACAGCACCAAUGCAGCCAACAGCCCCUACAGCAGCGGCUUCAACUCGCCCUCCUCAACGCCCUGCAGAGUGCCCAUCGUCCGGCAGCAGCUGAUGCCCAGCAACUCUGUACACCAGAGAAAUGCCGCCGCAGAGAGGAAUCCUCCGGCCAUCAGCCCGCAGUCGUCCGUGGACAGCGAGCUGAGCACCUCCGAGAUGGACGAGGACUCCGUGGGUUCCUCCACCACCUACAAACUCAACGACGUCACAGACGUCCAGAUACUGGCGCGCAUGCAGGAGGAGAGUUUGAGACAAGAGUACGCCGCCACGGCGUCCAGGCGCAGCUCAGGCUCGUCCUGCCACUCGCUGCGGCGCAGCACCUUCAGCGACCAGGAGCUGGACGCACACAGUCUGGAGGACGAGGAAGAGGCGGCGCACAUGUCCUUCGCCCUGCCCUCCAGCCGCUUCAGCCCCUCCCCUCGCCACUCUCCCCACGUCUCCCCCAGGAACUCCCCCCGCUCGCGCUCCCCCGCCCGCUCCAGCGACCGCAGCCGCGGCUCGCCGCAGCCCAUCAUCAGCCGCCUGCAGCAGCCCCGCCACUCGCUGCAGGGCCACGGCCACGACCUGCAGACCAACGUGGUCAAGAACGAAGAAAAGCUCCGCCGAAGUCUUCCCAACCUCACGCGCUCGGCCACGGCCACGGCUCAGUCCCCAGAACCCGUCAAGAACAGCCGCAGCUGUGAGUCCAACCUCCAGGUGCCAAACGGCGGCUCUCCCCGACACCAGAACCAGUCCGCAACCGCUGCUCAGCUCCCGAGGUACUCGGCCUCCUCCCGCUCGUCCCCGAAACCCAAACAGCUCCUCCAAAAGCCGACCGCCCUGCGAGUCCCCUCCCCCAGUAAACUCCGGACCCCGGCCACGCCCUCCCCGCUGGCGUUGAGACAGCCUGUCAAGGCUACAUCCACCCCUAAUUCAGCCACCUCCACCCCGACCCGCUCGCUGGCUCCUCCCCGCAGCGGCCUUCCUCGGCCGAGUGCUUCUGCAGGAGGAGGCAUCCCUCUGCCACGUAGCAAGCUGGCUCAACCGGUGCGCAGAUCUCUUCCUGCUCCUCGAACGUACGGCGGCACUGGCGACAACUGGAGAGAAGGUUGUUACUGAGGCGAGCCAGCAGGGGGCAGUCUGGUCACACUCAGCAGACGGAAGGAGACAAUACAACAUGGCACUUUAUGUACCUAGAGAAGAUUUUCCUUUAAAGAGACACGUAAACAUGUAUAAAUCAGAGUUUUAAGAAGAAGAGAGAUUCCACAAUGUGUCAGAAAAGGCAUCCCAUCAUUAUUCUGUGGGGAGAAGGGGGGGGGGGGGGGUCUGGCUCUGGGAAUGGGGGGUCAGGCAUAUAAUGCAGGCGACACAGAAAAUGCCAAAGAAACCAGGCCGCCUUCAGCUCCGCCAGCAGAGUACUAGUUGCCUGCAGGGGUCACGUCUACAUGCCCCCCCCCUCCUCCUCCUCCUCCUCCGUUCUCCUGUCACCUCCCUCAGGGUGAAAUGUUUCCACACAUUUCUGUUAUUAUGCUCUGUGUUCAGCAGAUGUCGGUGAGUGAUCUCUAUGAUGAUGCCGUGCAGGUGAACUGUCCCGUGGUGUUAAGAGAAUCGUGUGAUGUCUUUCAACAGUGAAAGCACCUCCUGUGUGGGUAACAGCUCUUUAAUCGUCCCCCUCCAUAAAGAAAAAAAAAAGAAGAAGAAAUCAGCCAGAAUGUAUGCACACGUUUGUUUUACAAAUUAUUUAUUCAAA